CAAGGUGGGGAGUGGAGAGAGAACGGGAUUUGCUUCCUGCCGGGGCAGGUGCCCCCUCAGUGCUCCCCGAAAUCCCAGAAUGUCACUCGCCUGUCCUGCUCCUUUCCUGAAUCCACGGCAUCAAAUAGUCUGGGGGCGCCCUGGCUGGCACCCGCUUUCUUCCAGUUGUCCCCCGGAAAGCACUCCCAGAAAUACUACAACCAGUAUGAUUCCCUUUCAGACGUCCAGCAAAAUCCUUUUGAUAUACCCGGGCAGUUGGACCGUACUAUUUUGGGUUUUGGUUCUCAGUCCUGUUCCGGAUUUUUUGGAGGGGCUCCCCGGCCGACGGCGCCACCAUGACCACGCACCCGCGCCGCAUCCGCCUGAAGCCCUGGCUGGUGGCCCAGGUGAACAGCGGCCAGUACCCCGGCCUGCGCUGGGUGCAGCCCGAGCGGAAGCGCUUCUGCAUCCCCUGGCGCCACGCCACACGGCACAUCCCCAGCCAGGACGACGAGAACACCAUAUUCAAGGCCUGGGCCAAGGAGACCGGCAAGUACAGCGAGGGGGUGGACGAGCCGGACCCGGCCAAGUGGAAGGCCAACCUGCGCUGCGCCCUCAACAAGAGCCGCGAGUUCGGCCUGAUCUAUGAUGGGACCAAGGACACCCCGAUGCAGCCCUACAAGAUCUAUGAGGUCCGCGACCUGCAGCAGCCCAACGGAGAGAGCUUUGCUGGAGAGGAAAACGCCGGAUGUGAGGAGGAGGAGGAGCUGCAGGAGAUGAUGCCGACGCUGCGGAUCGCAGACGCCAGCCAUGGCGCGGAGCCCCUGCCCGCCUUCUCGUGGCUGAAGCGAGAGGCCCUCUACCCCAGCGCCUGUGGCAACGAGUCCUUCCCACAGCUGGCGCACCCGGAGGUCCCGGUCGUCCCCCCCGCUCCCCACCCCGUGGGGCCCUUUGCCGUCGGAGCGGAGCCCGCCGUGCCCGGCUUCCCGGAGCCCGCCCAUGGGAUGCCGCUGGAGCCCCUCGGCCCGGGGAACAUGGCCAUGCCGGGAGACCUGGAGCCGCUGCCCCCGGGGGGCUGCCCCGUCGUCCCUGUGGAGCAGUUCAUCCCGAACUUGCUGAUCAGCCCGCACAUGCUGCCACUGACCGACCUGGAGAUCAAGUUCCAGUACCGGGGCCGCCUGGCGGAGGCCCUGACCAUCAGCAACCCGCACGGGUGCCGUCUCUACUUCAGCAACCUGGAGCCCACGCAGGAGCAGGUGGAGCUCUUCGGGCCGGUGACGCUGGAGCAGGUGCGCUUCCCCAGCGCCGCGGCCUUGCCGAACGAGAAGCAGCGCUUCUACACCCACCAGCUGCUGGACGUCCUGGAUCGGGGCCUCCUCCUCGAGCUGCAGGGCCAGGACAUUUACGCCGUCCGCCUGUGCCAGUGCAAGGUCUUCUGGACGGGCCCCUGCGCCGGCGAGCUGGCGGGGCCCAACCCCAUCGAGCGCGAGCGGAAAACCAAGCUCUUCAGCCUGGAGAGCUUCCUCAACGGCCUCAUCCGGUUCCAGAAGGGUCAAAGCACCGUCCCGCCGCCCUACGAAAUUUUCUUCUGCUUUGGGGAAGAAUGGCCGGACCAGAAGCCCAAAGAGAAGAAGCUCAUAACCGUCCAGGUGGUCCCAGUAGCUGCCCGGCUCCUGCUGGAGAUGUUCUCUGGGGAGCUGUCCUGGUCGGCCGACAGCGUCCGCCUCCAGAUCUCGCACCCAGACCUCAAGGACAAGAUGGUGGAGCAGUUCAAGGAACUGCACCAGCUCUGGCAGAUGCAGCAGAACGUCCAACUGCAGAGCCUGGCGCCUGCGGGGGCCGACGGCUGGGCCAUGCAGACCAGCAGCAGCAUGCAGCAGUAGCAGCCGCCAGCCGUCUGGGGCCCCUCCGGGCUGGGGGGCCCCCGCGCAGCUCGGGGCCGGUGGCAGCCCCACGGGACCGCCGUCUCCCCACCCCUUCCCACGCCGGGACUUGCUCACCCACCCUGUGACUCGGCCGGCCUUCA